AUGACUGUUUCAGAACUCAAGCUCCAAGAGCCCAUCACGCUCCCAUGUGGUCUCACGCUCCCCAAUCGGCUGUCCAAAGCCGCCAUGGCUGAAAGUUGGGCAGAUAACGAGUAUUUGCCCGGCGAAAGACUAUUUAAAAUUUACGAAAACUGGGCCGAGGGUGGAUGGGGAUCAGUACUCACAGGCAAUGUUCAAGUCGAUGUCAGAUAUCUGGGCAGCCCUGCAGAUGUGAGCCCCAACGAGAACGUCGACAGGGAGAAAAUCCUGGCGGCAUGGAAGAAAUGGGCAAAGGCGGCCUCCAAAAACGACACACCUGUUAUCAUGCAAAUUAACCACCCAGGACGACAAAGUCCUGGCAAUGGCAUCCUAGCCAGGCUUGCCAGGUCGUUUGUCUUCGGAUCGCCAAGAGAAAUGACUCUUGAGGAUAUUCAACACGUUGUUUCUCAGUUCGCAGAGACUGCCAAGCUGGCAGCCGAAGCUGGCUUUGCUGGUGUUGAGCUUCACGGAGCGCACGGCUACUUGUUGUCUCAGUUUUUGAACCCGGCGUCCAACACACGCGAGGACGAGUAUGGUGGAUCUGCCAAGAAGCGGGCAAAGAUUGUUGUCGACAUUCUCAAGGCCGUGAGAGAGGUUGUGCCAAAGGGUUUCUGCGUCGGCAUCAAGUUGAACAGCGCCGACUUCAAGGACAAGGAGCAGCUCGCCGCCUGCAUCGAACAGCUCGAAGAGAUUACAGCCGCAGGCGUCGACCUCCUUGAGAUCAGUGGUGGUUCUUAUGAAGACCCUUCAAUGAUGCAAGAAUCCAGAUCCGCCAGUACUCUGGCCCGUGAGGCCUUUUUCCUCGAUUUUGCCAAGGAGAUCCGUGAUAGAUUCAGGCAUGUUCCAUUGAUGGUGACGGGCGGUUUCCGAACACGCGAAGGCAUGGAGGCCGCUCUUCGAGAGGACGCUUGUGACAUUGUCGGCAUUGGCCGCCCUGCCGCCCUUAACCCUUUCUUGCCUAAGAAUUUGAUCUUCAAUAAAGAAGUCAAGAGCGAAGAUGCUAGGGCAUACACGAGAAAGGCGCCGGACCUGUUGCUUCCAAAGCUUCUCGGCGUCAAGGUAAUGGCUGGAGGAGCAGAGACUUCUUGGUAUAUGAAGCAAAUGAGGUCGAUGCCAACAGCAGUUUAG